GCGGGCGCUGACCCGGAAGCGGCGCGGGGCGGGCAGGGCGGCGAUGGCGGCGGAGGAGCCUCAGCAGCCGCAGCCGGAGCCGCUGGCCGGCAGCGAUGCCGACGGUGUGAACUGCCUGGCCUACGACGAGGCCAUCAUGGCGCAGCAGGACCGGAUCCAGCAGGAGAUCGCGGUGCAGAACCCGCUGGUGUCCGAGCGCCUGGAGCUGGCCGAGCUCUACAAGGAGUACGCGGAGGAUGACCACGUGUACCAGGAGAAAAUCAAGGACCUGCUGCAGAAGUACUCGUACAUCCGGAAGACGCGGCCGGACGGGAAUUGUUUCUACCGCGCCUUCGGCUUCGCGCACCUGGAGGCGCUGCUGGAGGACGGCCAGGAGCUGCAGCGGUUCAAGGAGGUGUCGGCGCGCAGCAAGGAGGAGCUGGUGGCUCAGGGCUUCACCGAGUUCACCAUCGAGGACUUCCACAACACGCUGAUGGAGCUGAUCGAGCGCGUGGAGCGCCGGGUGCCGCUGCCCGAGCUGCUGGCUGCCUUUAACGAGCCGGCCACGUCGGAUUACCUGGUGGUUUACCUGCGCCUGCUCACCUCGGGCUGCCUGCAGCGCCACCGGCGCUUCUUCGAGCAGUUCCUGGAGGGCGGCCGCAGCAUCAAGGAGUUCUGCCAGCAGGAGGUGGAGCCCAUGUGCAAGGAGAGCGACCACAUCCACAUCAUCACUGACCAUUGUCUGUCCGUCUGUCUGUCUGUCUGUCCGUCUGUCCCUAGGAGGUGGAGCCCAUGUGCAAGGAGAGCGACCACAUCCACAUCAUCACUGACCAUUGUCUGUCUGUCUGUCUGUCUGUCCCGUUUCCUAGGAGGUGGAGCCCAUGUGCAAGGAGAGCGACCACAUCCACAUCAUCACUGACCACUGUCUGUCUGUCUGUCCGUCUGUCCCUAGGAGGUGGAGCCCAUGUGCAAGGAGAGCGACCACAUCCACAUCAUCACUGACCAUUGUCUGUCUGUCUGUCUGUCUGUCUGU